AUGUCAUCAUCAUCACACCUGGACCACGCCUUAAUCAUGUCAUCAUCAUCACACCUGGACCACGCCUUAAUCAUGUCAUCAUCAUCACACCUGGACCACGCCUUAAUCAUGUCAUCAUCAUCACACCUGGACCACGCCUUAAUCAGCCUGUCAUCAUCAUCACACCUGGACCACGCCUUAAUCAUGUCAUCAUCAUCACACCUGGACCACGCCUUAAUCAGCCUGUCAUCAUCACACCUGGACCACGCCUUAAUCAGUCGGUCAUCAUCAUCACACCUGGACCACGCCUUAAUCAGCCGGUCAUCAUCAUCACACCUGGACCACGCCUUAAUCAGCCUGUCAUCAUCAUCACACCUGGACCACGCCUUAAUCAGCCUGUCAUCAUCAUCACACCUGGACCACGCCUUAAUCAGCCGGUCAUCAUCAUCACACCUGGACCACGCCUUAAUCAGCCGGUCAUCAUCAUCACACCUGGACCACGCCUUAAUCAUGUCAUCAUCAUCACACCUGGACCACGCCUUAAUCAUGUCCAUCAUCAUCACACCUGGACCACGCCUUAAUCAGCCGGUCAUCAUCAUCACACCUGGACCACGCCUUAAUCAGCCUGUCAUCAUCAUCACACCUGGACCACGCCUUAAUCAUGUCAUCAUCAUCACACCUGGACCACGCCUUAAUCAUGUCAUCAUCAUCACACCUGGACCACGCCUUAAUCAUGUCAUCAUCAUCACACCUGGACCACGCCUUAAUCAGCCUGUCAUCAUCAUCACACCUGGACCACACCUUAAUCAUGUCAUCAUCAUCACACCUGGACCACGCCUUAAUCAGCCUGUCAUCAUCAUCACACCUGGACCACGCCUUAAUCAUGUCAUCAUCAUCACACCUGGACCACGCCUUAAUCAGCCUGUCAUCAUCAUCACACCUGGACCACGCCUUAAUCAUGUCAUCAUCAUCCUGUCAUCAUCAUCACACCUGGACCACGCCUUAAUCAGCCUGUCAUCAUCAUCACACCUGGACCACGCCUUAAUCAGCCUGUCAUCAUCAUCACACCUGGACCACGCCUUAAUCAUGUCAUCAUCAUCACACCUGGACCACGCCUUAAUCAGCCUGUCAUCAUCAUCACACCUGGACCACGCCUUAAUCAUGUCAUCAUCAUCACACCUGGAUCACGCCUUAAUCAGCCUGUCAUCAUCAUCACACCUGGAUCACGCCUUAAUCAGCCUGUCAUCAUCAUCACACCUGGACCACGCCUUAAUCAUGUCAUCAUCAUCACACCUGGACCACGCCUUAAUCAUGUCAUCAUCAUCACACCUGGACCACGCCUUAAUCAUGUCAUCAUUAUCACACCUGAACCACGCCUUAAUCAUGUCAUCAUCAUCACACCUGGACCACGCCUUAAUCAUGUCAUCAUCAUCACACCUGGACCACGCCUUAAUCAGCCUGUCAUCAUCAUCACACCUGGACCACGCCUUAAUCAGCCGGUCAUCAUCAUCACACCUGGACCACGCCUUAAUCAUGUCAUCAUCAUCACACCUGGACCACGCCUUAAUCAUGUCAUCAUCAUCACACCUGGACCACGCCUUAAUCAGCCGGUCAUCAUCAUCACACCUGGACCACGCCUUAAUCAUCCUGUCAUCAUCAUCACACCUGGACCACGCCUUAAUCAGCCGGUCAUCAUCAUCACACCUGGACCACGCCUUAAUCAGCCUGUCAUCAUCAUCACACCUGGACCACACCUUAAUCAGCCGGUCAUCAUCAUCACACCUGGACCACGCCUUAAUCAUGUCAUCAUCAACACACCUGGACCACGCCUUAAUCAGCCGGUCAUCAUCAUCACACCUGGACCACGCCUUAAUCAUGUCAUCAUCAACACACCUGGACCACGCCUUAAUCAGCCUGUCAUCAUCAUCACACCUGGACCACGCCUUAAUCAGCCUGUCAUCAUCAUCACACCUGGACCACGCCUUAAUCAUGUCAUCAUCAUCACACCUGGACCACGCCUUAAUCAGCCUGUCAUCAUCAUCACACCUGGACCACGCCUUAAUCAUGUCAUCAUCAUCACACCUGGACCACGCCUUAAUCAGCCGGUCAUCAUCAUCACACCUGGACCACGCCUUAAUCAGCCGGUCAUCAUCAUCACACCUGGACCACGCCUUAAUCAGCCUGUCAUCAUCAUCAUCACACCUGGACCACGCCUUAAUCAUGUCAUCAUCAUCACACCUGGACCACGCCUUAAUCAUGUCAUCAUCAUCACACCUGGGCCACGCCUUAAUCAGCCUGUCAUCAUCAUCACACCUGGACCACGCCUUAAUCAGCCGGUCAUCAUCAUCACACCUGGACCACGCCUUAAUCAGCCGGUCAUCAUCAUCACACCUGGACCACGCCUUAAUCAUGUCAUCAUCAUCACACCUGGACCACGCCUUAAUCAGCCGGUCAUCAUCAUCACACCUGGACCACGCCUUAAUCAUGUCAUCAUCAUCACACCUGGACCACGCCUUAAUCAGCCUGUCAUCAUCAUCACACCUGGACCACGCCUUAAUCAGCCUGUCAUCAUCAUCACACCUGGACCACGCCUUAAUCAGUCUGUCUUCAUCAUCACACCUGGACCACGCCUUAAUCAGCCGGUCAUCAUCAUCACACCUGGACCACGCCUUAAUCAGCCUGUCAUCAUCAUCACACCUGGACCACGCCUUAAUCAUGUCAUCAUCAUCACACCUGGACCACGCCUUAAUCAGCCUGUCAUCAUCAUCACACCUGGACCACGCCUUAAUCAUGUCAUCAUCAUCACACCUGGACCACGCCUUAAUCAGCCUGUCAUCAUCAUCACACCUGGACCACGCCUUAAUCAGCCUGUCUUCAUCAUCACACCUGGACCACGCCUUAAUCAGCCGGUCAUCAUCAUCACACCUGGACCACGCCUUAAUCAGCCUGUCAUCAUCAUCACACCUGGACCACGCCUUAAUCAUGUCAUCAUCAUCACACCUGGACCACGCCUUAAUCAGCCUGUCAUCAUCAUCACACCUGGACCACGCCUUAAUCAGCCUGUCAUCAUCAUCACACCUGGACCACGCCUUAAUCAGCCUGUCAUCAUCAUCACACCUGGACCACGCCUUAAUCAGCCUGUCAUCAUCAUCACACCUGGACCACGCCUUAAUCAUGUCAUCAUCAUCACACCUGGACCACGCCUUAAUCAGCCUGUCAUCAUCAUCACACCUGGACCACACCUUAAUCAUGUCAUCAUCAUCACACACACCUGGACCACGCCUUAAUCAGCCUGUCAUCAUCAUCACACCUGGACCACGCCUUAAUCAUGUCAUCAUCAUCACACCUGGACCACGCCUUAAUCAGCCUGUCAUCAUCAUCACACCUGGACCACGCCUUAAUCAGCCUGUCAUCAUCAUCACACCUGGACCACGCCUUAAUCAGCCGGUCAUCAUCAUCACACCUGGACCACGCCUUAAUCAUGUCAUCAUCAUCACACCUGGACCACGCCUUAAUCGCGCCUUAAUCAGCCGGUCAUCAUCAUCACACCUGGACCACGCCUUAAUCAUGUCAUCAUCAUCACACCUGGACCACGCCUUAAUCAUGUCAUCAUCAUCACACCUGGACCACGCCUUAAUCAGCCUGUCAUCAUCAUCACACCUGGACCACGCCUUAAUCAGCCUGUCAUCAUCAUCACACCUGGACCACGCCUUAAUCAGCCUGUCAUCAUCAUCACACCUGGACCACGCCUUAAUCAUGUCAUCAUCAUCACACCUGGACCACGCCUUAAUCAGCCUGUCAUCAUCAUCACACCUGGACCACGCCUUAAUCAUGUCAUCAUCAUCACACCUGGACCACGCCUUAAUCAUGUCAUCAUCAUCACACCUGGACCACGCCUUAAUCAGCCUGUCAUCAUCAUCACACCUGGACCACGCCUUAAUCAUGUCAUCAUCAUCACACCUGGACCACGCCUUAAUCAUGUCAUCAUCAUCACACCUGGACCACGCCUUAAUCAUGUCAUCAUCAUCACACCUGGGCCACGCCUUAAUCAGCCUGUGA